CAUGUCAGCAGUGCCACGUCAGCAGUGCCACGUCAGCAGUGCCACGUCAGCAGUGCCACGUCAGCAGUGCCACCUCGCAUUGAUCGAGGCUGAGGAACAGCGCCAGCUGGCAGCCGAGGCUGCCCGCCUACAGGCUGAAGCAGCGGCAACAGCUGAGAAGCAGCAGCUACAGGCCAAAGCAGACGCAGAUACCCAGGCACGCCGCAAGGAAGCCCAGGAUCUACUGCAGCGGCAUGAAGCCGCCAGCAUCGAAAGACUCAAGUUCUGGCACUUUCAACCAUCCAACGGCGACGACGCGACACCGGAGGAGCAGCACAAGGAGUUCCUCUCCAAGCUCGUGACAUGGUUGUUAUACGCUUGCAACUAUCAACAGUCCGAGUUAGAGAGACAGAACCAGGAACUGCAGCAACAGUACCAGGAUCUGCAGAAACAGCACCAGGAGUUGGCGAACCUCCGCCAGACAGUGCAGAGCCACGAGGAUGCUACACGGGCACUCAAUUCCCGUGUACUGGACCUGGAGCAAGCUGUACCAGGACCAAAUGCUGGUGUGUCCAGCAGUGCACCCUCUAACCGCCAACUGGAGAAACGCGUCGACCAUGCCGUCGCAAUGCUCGGCGACAUCAGCACCUUCGCUGAGCCGACUACCAUCAGCAAUCAGUUGGAUACCUUGAAGACCGAGGUCCAGCAACUGCAGCUGCCUAACAAGAAUGGCAACAGCACACAGCAUUACAAGAUGCCAACUUUUCAAAUUGAGAAGUUCGAUGACUACACGCAUCAGGACCCGAUCUGGUUAAGCCACCUGGCAUCCACCCACGGCGUCGAUGUCGCAAAUCUGAAAGACAAGAUCUCAUGGGAAGAGUUCACACGGCUAUGGAAGAAGCGGUUCAUCGUGGACGACGCACCUGCACUCGCCAUCAACCGUCUCUACACCAUGACGCAAGGCAACACAACAACACGUGACUGGCUCACGGAAUGGCAGAAGAUCGCGGCAACACCCGAUCUGGACUUACCAUUUCCGCAUUUGCGCCGCGAGUUCUAUAACAGGUCAUGUGCUGCAUUGAGCCUCGCACUUGGUGAUCGCGAGCAAUAUGCAACCUUCGCUGUCAAUGAUCACCAAUAUGCAACCUUCGCUGAAAUCAUUGACAAGGCGAGGGAAAUCAUCAAGACCAACAGGGCGGCUGCACACGAGAAGUCAACGUGGCAGCCAACCUAUGUGGAGAAGGUGAGAACUGGUCCGCGACCGCAGCAGUUCGCUGCAGUCCAAACGGACAACAAUGUGGAAGACCCGGCAGCCACCCAAGUGUCACGUGAGGGAGAUCAGGUGGCUGCUGUCCAGCCACGAAGCAACAACAAGCCAAGAGUGAACGGGAAGGCGAAAACCACAUCGCCGGCCGGAAACGGACAGCCAGCACCAUGGGUCAAGUUUACCUUGACCGAGGCCGAGUACAAGUACCGCAGCCGCUACGGCUGCUGCUAUUGACGAACAAAAACGCUGGCCCUCUCCCACGCAUCGACGACCUUCUCGAGCGACUGGGCGGCGCCAAGUUCUUCUCCAAGCUGGACCUCAAGUCGGGAUAUCACCAACUCGAGAUCCGGAAGGAGGAUCGCAACAAGACCGCGUUUAAGACGCGAUAUGGGCAUUUCGAAUGUUAUGUCAUUUGGCCUUACGAAUGCCCCGGCCACUUUCCAAACGGCUAUGACAACGGAGUUCCGACACAUGCUGGAUCGAUUCGUACUUAUCUACCUCGACGACAUCCUGGUGUACAGACGGAGUUUGGACGAGCAUGUGGAAUACCUACGCACCGUUUUAGAGCGGCUACGACAAGCCAAGUACAAAGCCAACCGCGACAAAUGCGAAUUCGCGCGGCAGGAGCUGGAGUACUUGGGACAUUAUGUGACGCCGCAAGGCAUCCGUCCGCUUGCGAACAAGAUCGAGGCCCUUCGUGUAUGGCCCGCGCCCACCAACACCAUGGACGUUCGUUCAUUCAUGGGGUUGGGGGGCUACUAUCAGCGAUUCAUCACCGGAUACUCAAGGAUUGCUGCACCUAUGACGAGAUUACAAUCGCCAAAGGUAACAUUCGUAUUCGAUGAUGACGCACGCCGGUCAUUCCAAGCACUUAAGACGGCCAUGCUCAUGGCACCCGUCCUUAGCAUCUAUAACCCCACCCUGCCGACGAGAGUAACGACUAACGCUUCCGGCUAUGGCAUUGGGGCAGUCUUGGAACAACACGACGGCGACGACUGGCACCCUGUGGAGUAUUUCAGCCACAAAGUGCCUCCCAUCAACUCGCUUGAUGAUGCAAGGAAAAAGGAGCUGCUCGCAUUCGUCAUGGCUCUCAAGCGAUAGCGGCACUUCCUCCUUGGGCGUCGUAGGUUCACAUGGGUUACGGACGACAACCCACUGACUUACUACAAGACGCAGGAUACGGUGAGCAGCACGA